AAGUCACGUGAUGCGCAGACAUCGUUGUGUCAUUUUGUAACUGUGAGGGUUAUUGAAAGUAUUGUUAGUUGUUUGUGGAUUCCAGUACUUUUCAAAUUUUUUUAAAAAGCUGGAAUAAAUUACAUAAUCACUUUACAAUAAUGGCUUCAUAUUUUGAUGAACAUGAUUGUGAGCCUACCAACCCGGAAGAACAGUAUCGACAGAAUGCUCUACUUGAGCUGGCCAGGUCCCUGUUAAAUGGACUGGAGUUUGACUUGGGUCCUGUGGACCUCUCAGAAUGGGACCAAAGGUUACCACCACCUGCUGCAAAGGAAGUUGUUAGGAAACUGCCCAAUGUGAUUAUCAAGCCAUGCCAAGCAGACAAAGGCUUGAAAUGUCCAGUGUGUUUGUUGGAGUUUGAGGAAGAAGAGACUGUAAAGAAGAUGCCAUGUGAGCACUUUUUCCACUCUGGUUGUAUUUUGCCAUGGCUUGGAAAGACCAACUCCUGUCCUCUUUGUCGACAUGAACUUCCAACUGAUGAUCCAGAAUAUGAGGAAUACAAAAAAGACAAGAGGAGUUUUGUGCCUGGAACAAGGGUAAAAGCGAAAUUGAAGAAACCUGAGCUUAUCUGGAGAUAUUCUAGUGAGGAAUCCAACCAGGUGGAAAUAACUGGAGUCUAUUUUGGGACUAACAAACUGGUAUGAGAAAAUGUAGAGUUUUUGUUCCUUUUGUUUCAUGUCCUAAAGAAAUGUUUGUACCACUAAACUGGUAUUUUGCUGUCCAUUUUUAAUAAAAAAAAUCUGUUUUAUUCUCA